CGUCCGCUCGGCGCUCGCUCUCCCCACCACCACUCGUCCACUCCUCCGCAUGGCCUCUCCUCGCGCGCUGCCUCCUCCGCACCUCCGCCUUGACCUCUGCUCGUCACGCCUCCCGCCGCUCCGCUCCCCUGGCUGCCGCCGGCGCCGACGCCUCCUCUCCGCGCUCCCGUCGCCGUCGCCGUCCCCGUCCCCGUCCCCGGCCUCGCGCUCGCAGAGCGUCUCCACUGCGCCAGUCGAGCGAGGGGUUGGGCCGACCACCUCCCGCGAGCAGCCGCGCAGCAGCGACCCGGCGCUCGCGGCGGAGGUCGCGCGGCUCUCCGCCGUACGCGCGCGGCUCCGCGGGGCUCUUGCUCUCGGCGACAAGCUCCGCGCGCUCGACGCCGAGCCCCGGGUGGUCGAGUUCUUCGGGGAGGGGUCGAACGGUGGGGUUCUGGGCGCGCUCGAGCCCCGGGAGGUGUUCCUGCUCAAAUGCCUAGUCGCGGCCGGCCAGGAACAUGUGCUCGGCGCGGAGCUCGACUGGGACGGUAGCAGCCAGGAGCACCACCACCACCAUAACGGCGGCAGCAAUGGGAGCGCGCUACGGCAGGCUCUGUAUAGCUUGGCCGGUUUGGUCGGCAAGUGGAGCUCGGAGGGAGUGGUGGAGAGCGAGACGGGGAGCGGAGACAUGGAGCUUCUCCGGCGUCUGCUCAAAUUUCUCGGCGACAUCGACGAGUUCUACGACUGCAUUGGAGGCAUCAUCGGCUAUCAGAUUAUGGCAUUGGAGCUGCUUUCAGCUUCGAAGGACCGCAAGCACCGGCCUAGCAAAGACAAAUUUAUUGACUUCCAUGUUCCCAGUGGACUUAAUCUAUUGGAGGAUACAGAAUAUGCGUCUCAAGCUGCUCUGUGGGGGAUUGAGGGUUUGCCAGAACUGGGUGAAAUUUAUCCGAUUGGUGGUGCUGGUGAUCGUCUUGGUUUAGUGGACUCGGAUACUGGUGAAUCCCUCCCUGCUGCAUUGCUUCCUUACUGUGGGAGAUCUCUAUUAGAAGGCCUGAUACGUGAUCUGCAGGCUAGGGAAUUUUUGCAUUUCAAGAUAUUUGGGAAACAAUGUAUAACUCCUGUCGCGAUCAUGACAAGCUCUGUAAAGGAUAACCAUGAGCAUAUAACUGCAAUCUGUGAAAGACUUGAAUGGUUCGGUAGAGGUCGUGAGAAUUUCCGCUUAUUUGAACAGCCUUUGGUACCUGUAGUAAAUGCUAAGGAUGGUAAAUGGUUAACCAGUGGAACACUUUUUCCUGUUGGUAAACCUGGUGGUCAUGGUGCUAUUUGGAAACUUGCAUGCGAUAGAGGUAUAUUCCAAUGGCUUUACCAAAAUGGCAGAAAAGGUGCAACUGUACGUCAAGUCAGCAAUGUUGUUGCUGCAACUGAUUUAACACUAAUGGCAUUGGCGGGAAUGGGACUGCGUCAUGAUAAGAAAUUAGGUUUUGCAUCUUGUGAGCGAAGAACAGGUGCUACUGAAGGUGUAAAUGUACUAAUUGAAAAGGAAAGGCAGGAUGGACAAUGGGCAUAUGGUAUUACUUGCAUUGAGUACACUGAGUUUGAAAAAUAUGGCAUCCCAGAACCCACAGUAACAAAUGGCAGUUUUCAGGCUAGCUAUCCAGCAAAUACAAAUAUUCUAUAUGUUGAUCUGCAAGCAGCAGAGGAAGUUGGCUCGCGCAAAAACGCUAGCUGUUUACCAGGAAUGGUAUUAAAUUUGAAGAAAGCUGUGUCAUACCUGGAUCAUCUGGGCUUUGAGUGUAGUGCUGCUGGAGGCAGACUGGAAUGCACAAUGCAAAACAUAGCUGAUAAUUUUAUGAACAGUUAUAACUACAGGUGCAGUAAAGGAGUAGAAAGUGACCUUGACACGUUCAUUGUGUACAACGAAAGGAAAAAAGUCACUUCGUCAGCUAAAAGGAAGCUGAAAUCAGAAGAUGUGUCAUUGCACCAGACUCCAGAGGGUUCACUCCUUGACAUUAUGCGUAAUGCUUAUGAUCUCCUUUCUAGCUGCAAUGUAAAGGUUCCCAAGGUCAAAGACAAUAGUGAAUACUUGUGUUCUGGACCACCUUUUCUCAUAUUUCUUCAUCCUGCUUUAGGUCCAUUUUGGGAUAUCAUGAGGCAAAAGUUUGUAGGUGGCUCAGUCUCUCAAGGUUCAGAAUUGCAAAUCGAGGUGGCAGAAUUUCUAUGGAAAGAUGUUGAGCUUGAUGGAAGCCUAAUUGUUUUAGCUGAUAAUAUUAUGGGUUUGACCAAGAAGAAUAAUACCGGUGAACAAAUAAUGCACUAUGGUACCAGGUGUGGGAGAUGCAAACUGCGAAGUGUUAAAAUUGUGAAUGAAGGGAUCAACUGGAGUUCUGCCAAUAAUGUCUAUUGGAAGCAUGAUGUUGAGAGAUCAGAAUCUGUGAAGAUCAUUCUUCAUGGGAAUGCUGAAUUUGAGGCAAAAGAUGUUGUCCUUCAGGGAAACCAUAUAUUUGAAGUUCCCAGUGGUCAUAGAAUGCGCAUCAUUCAAGAAGCAGCAGCAGGUUUUGUUGUUAAGUUAGAUCCUAUAAGCGAGGAAGUGAUGGACAGUGGAACCUGGUACUGGAAGUAUGCAGUAGAUGGAGCUCAUGUGAAGUUGGAAAUGGUAGAACUAUAAGGACAUUACCAACACUAGAUUCUUGAUUAAUUGAUUUCCGGCUAGCUUAAUUAUUAUCGAGGGCACACGUGACUGAUGAAUUUUGUUGACUAAAGUCCAGCUUGUAGUUCUUGUUGUAAAAAGUAAUAAAUCUAAAUAGAUCAUUGUACAGUGCACUUGAAUAAAGGCAUGCUAUGCUGUCAGCCUACUCUUAAUCAUUUAAGUGAUGUAUGGACAUAUUUUUAUCAAUGUUGAGGAGAGUACUCAUUCUCCCAAAAUUGCCA